GUUGAAAGUGAUUCUUUUCACUUUGUAGAAAUUCACGUUGGAAAUGUUAUCAGAAACUUUGGAUCUUUACGUCUAUCUAAAAAAUAUAGGACAAAGUAAACUUGCAGAAACCUUAUCUAUAUUACCUGGACCAAAAAUAUUGCUCUUUGAACACGCCUUAUAUGAUAAUAGGUUAGGACUCCCCAGGAUGUUAGACUUGUGGACGGACAAUACUUUUUUAAAAGAGCACGGUGUUCAAAGUUUUGAGAAUUUGGGAGUUUUUUCCAAAAGAUUGAAACAAAUACCGGAAGAUUCUUUAUCGGAUGCUUUGCAACAGAUGUCGAUCAAGCAGUUUGUGUUUAUUGUCCGAACAGGGAGAGUGGACGCUGCUAAACAAAUUAGUGAGGUCGUGAGCAUUCUCUCUUCAACGAGGAGCACCCAUCCUGUGUCUGCGAACGAGGACACUUUUCGUUUCUUAUGUGUUUUGAUACCCAGAAAAAGCUCAGUUUUCGAAUUUUAUUUUGAACAAGCUGGAUUAGAUCCUUUCAUAGAGUUUACAGAGUUACCGUUGGGGUUUGCUGCUGUCGAAAGAGAUCUGUUGACAUUGGAUCAACCUCAUAGUUUUAGAGAUAUGACUAUCGAUGGUGAUUAUAAUAACAUUCUUCACUUGGCACAGUCCUUGAUAGAGUUGGAGGAAGUGUUGGGACCAUUCCAACAUAUACGAGGAAUAGGUAAAAAUAGUUGCAGACUUUCAAAGUAUUUAUCACGAUAUUAUAAUGAAAAAAGAACAAAAACGCCUAGGCCUCGAGGUAGAGGAGCGUCCAUAUCCUCUCAUAUUGAGGGUCAAGACAGUAGUAAUUUAUUGAUGAUUAUAUUUGACCGAAGUGUGGACCUGAUUACUCCAUUAGUAACCCAAUCUAGCUUUGCAGGAUUGUUGGAUGAAACUUUUCAUUUGACCAAUACCAGUUUUGUAUAUGAUGCAAUGAAUCGUGGCUCUUCCAAAGAAACUUCUAUGGAUGAACCAAAGAAGGAAACUAUUCUUGAUAGUCAUUCAACUUGUAUAGCACAUAUUACUCCAAAAGAUUCUGUAUUUGAUCAGUUAAAAGAUCGCAAUUUUUCUGUGGCAACUGAACGACUGGGUACUAUGGCCUCCAGCAUGCGAGACUUUUAUCGGUCGAAGCCUAGUCCAGAACGUGCAGAUAUAUCGGAAGUCAAGGAUUUUGUGAGAAAUCUCACCAGCAUUAAGGCAGAACAGGAAGCCAUAUCAUUUCAUACCGAAUUGGCUUCUGAAAUUUCUAAAAGAACUUUUGAAAGUUAUUCUUUCAAGCAAAAAUACCAUAUAGAGCGACAAUUACUAGAGACUAGCGUUGAAAAGAGUCACGUACACUAUUUACUUGGCUGUAUUGCGAGACAAGAACCAUUACCUAACCUUCUUCGAUUGAUUUGUUUGUGGAGUUUGACGAAUGACGGUAUGGAAGGAGAUACUUUCGAUCUUUUGAUGCGUGAAAUAUUAUCAACUUAUGGGGUUGGCACCAUUGUAUUGUUACAAAACUUGGAACAGGCAGGUCUCCUAGUAAGAGCUAAGGAUCCUGCAAUUUUCAGUGCUUUAGGAAAACGUUUCUCUCCACCCAAAGUCGCUACUUGGACUGUUUGUCGAACUGCGCUUCGUUUGUUGGUUGAUUAUCAGCCUAAAGAGUCCAUUUCUGAUAUAGAAGAAGCAGAAGCCUUCUCUGGAUAUAUUCCUCUUUCUGCUCGAGUCAUCCAAGGCGCUUUGGAUGACAAUGCUUGGAAAAAGUUGCUAUCUACUCUCUGCACUGUGUUCAAAAAUGGACAUAGUGCUUUUGAAGAAGAUAUAUUGCAUGAACGUUAUCAAGUUUCCAUAGAAAUGAAAAAUAGAAAACCCUUGUUUGAUGCUGUGGUUGUGAUGAUUGGAGGCAUAACGAGAGCAGAAGCUGCAGCAAUGAAAGCGUUGGCCUAUUCCAGUGGAAAGCGUAUCGUUAUUGUUUCUACGACAGUCUUCAAUGGAAAUGGUUGGAUUGAAUCGAUGGUAGAUGAAAGUGAAAAGUGGCCUUUAUAAUAUUAUUUGCUAUAUAAAGUUUGACGUUGGAAU